UGCACUGCUCGCUUCGUCUCUUUAAUUCGCACUAUUUGCAUUGUACUUCGCCCUUUGGAUAACACUGCUGGAUUUUGUGCAGAGCUUGCUGCGUGCUCGCGCUCCUCGGAGACCAAACAGUGAAGGAUGGUCGGUCAGCACAAGUGUUGGGACGCUCCUCUCCUCCCGCUGCCAGCCUUUUAAUCGCUCCGGGGGCCAAAUAAAGCUCGCUGACAGAGAAAUUAGACCACCUCUCUCUCUCUCUCUCUCUUGUUCUUCUCUCGGGUUUUUUCCCUCGCGCGCGGAUGGAGGUGACGUUUUUGCAGAAUUGAUGCCUGAUAGUAAACAAGUGCAAUCUGCGCGUGAGGAAUCUGCGGAGAAGUUUGACUGCGCAUCGUCUUGUGUGGAAUGGGCGAUGGAAUGUGCUACAGCUUUGCAAUGAACCGUCUGUGGGUCUGUGUCCUGCUUGUGAGCAUCACCUGCCGUCUGAGCCUCUCCCAGGAAGUAACAGGAUCUUCCAAAGAGGCAGAAUUGAAUGACAACAUCACCAUCUUCACACGGAUCCUUGACGGACUCCUGGAUGGAUACGACUAUAGACUCCGCCCUGGACUGGGAGAAAAGGUGACAGAGAUCAAAACCAACAUCUUUGUCACAAGCUUUGGUCCAGUUUCUGACACUGAAAUGGAAUACACUAUUGAUGUGUUCUUCCGUCAAAGCUGGAAAGAUGAACGACUCUGCUUCAAAGGCCCGAUGGAGAUGCUUCCCUUGAACAACCUGCUGGCCAGCAACAUCUGGACCCCGGACACUUUCUUCCUCAAUGGGAAGAAAUCCAUCGCUCACAAUAUGACGACACCGAACAAGCUGCUGCGCCUGCAGGAUGACGGGACUCUGCUGUACACCAUGAGACUGACUAUAUCAGCAGAAUGCCCCAUGCAGCUGGAGGAUUUCCCAAUGGACGCCCAUGCUUGUCCCCUUAAAUUUGGAAGCUAUGCGUAUCCGGUUUCAGAGGUGGUCUACACGUGGACUCAGGGUGCAGCCAAGUCAGUGGUGGUGGCAGAGGAAGGCUCUCGACUAAACCAGUACCAUCUGAUCGGUCAGUCUGCAGGAACAGAAGACAUCUACACCAGCCGGGGUCAAUACACGGUGAUGAUGGCUCACUUCUACCUGAAGAGGAAGAUUGGAUACUUCGUCAUUCAGACCUACAUGCCCUGCUUCAUGACUGUGAUCCUCUCACAGGUCUCAUUUUGGCUCAACCGUGAGUCUGUGCCUGCACGGACCGUCUUUGGUGUGACCACUGUACUCACCAUGACCACUCUCAGCAUCAGCGCUCGGAACUCGCUGCCUAAAGUUGCUUACGCCACAGCCAUGGACUGGUUCAUCGCCGUGUGCUAUGCCUUCGUCUUCUCCGCCCUCAUUGAGUUUGCUACAGUGAACUAUUUCACCAAGAGGAGCUGGGCCUGGGAUGGAAAAAAGGCAAUGGAGGCCCAACAACCCAAGAAAAAAGACCCUCUGGCUCUGUCUAAAAAGCCAAACAACACCUGUUCAGCUGGAGUGAAUUACACGGCCAACCUUACCAAGGACGCAUCCAUCUCCACUAUUUCAAACACCACAGCUGUUCAGUUAAAAGCUGCCGAAACCAAGGCCCCGGACCCCAAAAAGACUUACAACAGCGUGAGCAAGAUCGACAAGAUGUCCAGGAUAGUGUUCCCGGUGCUGUUUGGGACCUUCAACCUGGUCUACUGGGCAACGUAUCUCAACAGGGAGCCAGUGAUCAAAGGAGCCGUGUAAGAUCUGCCGUCAUUCAUCCUGCUGACAACUACUUCAGGAUCUGAUAACUGGAUUGCAAUGAAAUUCAAAGCCAAGCACUUAGUCUUUGUAUCAUAGCUGUGGUUUUUUUAUAUUACAGGAUUACAGAUAUUCUGAGAUCAUUUGUUCUUUCAGAUACCAAUUCCAGUACCUGAAUUUGCAAAUUGGACAUAUUUUAAACCAAUCUAUUAAAGGAGAGAGCUACAAAUUAUUAUAUAUGUAUUUCUGUUAAUCUAUGCUUUGUCUGAGCUCAGAACUUAUUAUUUAGCUUUUAAGUCUCUUCAAACAUCCUAAAAAAUCACAAAAAAUAGAUAAAUGUAGGUGUAAGUCAAAAUUUCAUGUUGAAGACUGUAUAAAACAUGGAUGUAGUUGCAGUGACAUCAUCAACUGGUUUUUGGAAAGGCGUUUUGAAGCUAAAAAGCAAUGGUGGGCUGCAAGGCGGUGCAGGGGUUAGCGCUGU